ACAAACUCUCUUUUCCUUUUAUUUAUUUGUUUUUACUUUAUAGAUACAAAAACAGGGGAAAGCUCUUUCUCUCAGCUUCAAACAACACAUAGGAAUCAUCAUCAUCCCUCUAGGCGUUUCUUUCUAAGCAUAAUCAAGAGGCGCGUUUCCUUCACGCCACAGAUCAGUUGAGAGAUUGAUGGCUACCGGAGAGGAGAAGCCGGUGAUGGUCGUCGGGGUCGACGAGAGCGAGCAGAGCACUUACGCAUUGGAGUGGACGCUCGAUCGCUUCUUCGCUCCCUACGCUCCCAAUUUCCCUUUCAAGCUCUUCAUCGUCCACGCCAAACCUAACGCCGUCUCCGCCGUUGGUCUCGCCGGUCCCGGAACUGCGGAGGUUGUGCCUUAUGUUGAUGCCGAUUUGAAGCAUACAGCUGCUAGGGUUGUCGACAAAGCCAAAGCUCUUUGUCAGAGCAAAUCGGUUCAUGGCACCGUGAUCGAAGUUUUCGAAGGCGAUGCAAGAAACAUCCUAUGCGAAGUUGUGGAUAAACACCAUGCUUCUCUUCUUGUUGUGGGAAGCCAUGGAUAUGGAGCUAUCAAGAGGGCGGUUCUCGGGAGCGUGAGCGACUACUGUGCGCAUCAUGCUCAUUGCUCUGUGAUGAUCGUGAAGAAGCCUAAGAUCAAGGUCUGAAACCUAUCCGUCAAAGCAAAUUCUCUGCCUAGUCAAAUCAAUUUCAGUAAUAAUCUAUCUUGAUGCAAGACGAUCUAUCUACACACGCAUAUAUGUGCGUGUGACAUGUACUGUUUAAUACUACUGCCUAGUAUCUCUGUGUAAUUGUUUAUUACAUGUAGUGUUUUAGUAUUCCUAAACUAUACAUUCCCGUUUAAUAGUAUUUUAAGUCUGUGGGCUAUCUUUCUCUAGUACAAAACUUACCUUCACAAUUGCAAAUACGUUAAUCAAAACCAAC